AUAACUUUCAAAACCCUUGGCAUCGCAACCUCCCGCUUUCGCAUUUGAGCACACACGCAGUGACGCAUUCACACCAAAGAGGGCGGAAAUGGGGUACGAAGGCGACCACCACCACCAUGCCGUCGACGGACUGGUAAACUUGUUUACCAAGGCCAACCACGAUCUCACUGUAGUCAACAACCGCCUCGACAAGGAGUUCCGACAGAUCUAUCCUGAUAACGCAAAUCCGAUGAAACUUGUGUCUAGGAUCAAGAAAAUCCAAGAUGAAUUACCAUCUCUAAAAGAGCAAUGCCAAGAAUUACUCUCCGCCAAGCAGGAUUUGAUUGACAAAGCAAGGACAACUAUAGUUGGGAACAGAGCAUCACUGCGAAGGUUGCAAACUUCCAUGGGUAUCCCCAUCAUCAGUGAUUCUGACGAUCCUGCUUAUACGAACUUUAACGAGGUUAUUGAUGAAUGGACAGUGCAAGUGAGAUCCAGAACAGAAGAUGAGAUUGAUGAAGGUUCAGAGGACAUUAAUAGGAUGCUCUUCUCAGCAAUUGUUCAAGGUAACUGAAAUGGAUGAUGGUGCAAAUACUUAUGCAUGUAUAUUUAUAGUAAACCAUAUCAAAUGGUACUCGAGACUCUUAAAUAUUUAUAAAGUCUUUGCAAACGGAUAUUUUAAAAGUUCGUUUUCAAGAUAGAAAUCAGGUCAAAGUUGGUAUCAUUUAGACGUAAGACGGUAGGCUUUAUGUCAUUUUCUAUUUUCCAUGAGAGGGACUUUGUCAAAUUUGAGUA